GAACCUUGCACAUUUGCAUUCUGCUCUAUUUCCAACUUCCCCGCUUUCCCUUUCCUCAUCUCUCUGCUUUUCUCUUCUCUUCACUUGAGCUGCAUUCGCCGCAACCUUGUCUGCUUUUUCUUGCUUGAUACAUGAUAUUACUGCAUCAGAAAAUGGACAAGAGCUUUCUGGUUCUCUGUUUUCUCCUUUUGGCUGAUUCUGGGUUUGUGUUUGGCUAUGAUAAGAAGCAAAAUGUUGGAGUGUUUGAGCUCAAGAAAGGUGACAUCUCCUUGAAGGUCUCCAACUGGGGUGCUUCAAUAAUUUCUCUUGUUCUUCCUGAUAAGAAUGGAAAGCUGGGCGAUGUCGUUCUGGGAUAUGAUUCAAUCAAAGAUUACUUUAAUGAUUCAACAUAUUUCGGUGCCACGGUUGGUCGGGUUGCUAAUAGAAUUGGAGGGGCUCAGUUUACUCUCAACGGACUCCAUUACAAACUGGUCGCAAAUGAAGGAAACAAUACACUUCAUGGUGGAUCCAGAGGAUUCAGUGAUGUUGCUUGGAAGGUGAGAAGCUACCAAAAAGAAGGUCAUCAUCCUCAUAUUGUCUUCACUUACAGAAGCUCCAAUGGUGAACAAGGGUUUCCCGGCGACCUCGUAGCCACGGUGGGCUACCAUCUAGUUGGGAAAAACGAGCUGGCUAUAAUCAUGAAAGCAAAAGCUCUGAACAAGCCCACUCCUGUGAACUUAGCCAACCACGCGUAUUGGAACCUCGGUGGCCACAACAGUGGUAAUAUUCUGAGCGAGGUGGUUCAGAUCUUCGGAUCCAAGAUCACACCUGUUAAUUCCCAACUCAUUCCCACUGGAAAAUUUCAGUCAGUCAGAGGAACCCCGUAUGAUUUCCUUAAACCCCGCACUGUUGGAAGUAGAAUCAAGCAGCUUCCUAAAACCAAAGGCUAUGACAUGAACUACGUGCUUGACGGUGAAUAUGGCAAGAAAUUGAAGCUGGCGGCAAUAGUGCAGGAUCACGAGUCUGGGAGGGUUAUGGAGCUUUCUACGAACGCUCCUGGCUUGCAGUUCUAUACUGGGAAUUAUGUGAAGGAUGUGAAGGGAAAAGGUGGGUAUGUGUAUGAGCCUCAUGCAGCCUUGUGUUUGGAGACUCAAGCCUUCCCUGAUUCUGUGAAUCAUCCUAAUUUCCCUUCAACAAUUGUCACCCCGCAAAAGCCUUACAGACAUUACAUGCUCUUUAGGUUUUCCACGAAACCUCCGUACGGUUCACGGGGUUAAAUUGUUUACGUACUGUACGUUGUUGUAAUCUCUCAAAGCAUUUGACUUGACUGUCUAUGGAUUUUUAUCAAACUCCGCUUCGGCAGAAUAAAGGGGGAAGAGAAAAGAUAAUAAACAGAGACUUUGUAGUUGCCUAGAUUGGCAAGAAAUUUGUUGAUUAAGGCUUUUAUUUGAA